AUGAGCUCCGAUGAAUACUUUGAAGACGAACUCGGCGAUCUUGACUCUGCCUUCUUGAACGAACUUGACGCGAUUGAGGCGACUCAUCUACCGGGAACGGCAGCUGUUCCUUCCAUCAGGCCCCAACCACCCCGCAAGUCGAUUCCACAAGACGUUAUUGACUUAGGUCACUCCAGUGACUAUGGCGAGGAUUUGGUUCUGGACGAGACGGACUUCGCGAAAAUAGACGAGGCAACCCAACAAGGAUUUUCUCCAAGGCUUCUGGAAGUCAUACACCUCAACCACGCGUUGCUCCGAAGACCUUCCAAGGGCGCGCAACUCAAUCUGUUUGGAGAAAUUGCUCAGGAACCGGACCCGUCCAAGAACUCUGGAGAGCCCACGCAUAGAACGUUUGAGCGCACGCGUUCUACCUUGAGGCAGAUGCCCCUGCCCGGCCAAGCGAAGAGAACCAAGCAGUGGGACAGGACCGCAUACGCGAAAUCCGGCUGGAGAAAACCGAAGGAGAAGGUGCCUACUUCAGGAGAUGAGGAUGAAGUACCGCUCGAGUUCGAGCAAUUUCCUGCACCGGAGGUUCCAAGCCCUCAAAUGAAAUUGCAUGCAGACCGACUGGCUGCAAAGACGUGGAUAUACCCUCUCAACAAGCCUAAGAGAGACUACCAGUACAAUAUCGUCAAGAACUGUCUGGUCGAGAACACGCUUGUGGCUAUUCCGACAGGUCUGGGAAAGACAUUCAUAGCAGGCGUCGUAAUGUUAAAUUUUUACAAUUGGUUCCCAGAAGGCAAAGUUGUGUUUGUGGCGCCCACGAAACCUCUUGUCGCCCAGCAGAUUGACGCUUGCCACAAGACUUGUGGUAUACCAGGGAACUCGGCGGCUGAGCUGACAGGGAACGUAUCGGCCGACAAACGGGCUAGUGCGGCUCACCGUGGCACUGGUGACUACGCAUAUGCUCAGGUAGUCCGGUAUAUGAUGCAGCACAAUCCGCACUUUCGCAUAUUGGCCCUCACCGCUACUCCUGGAGGAAAGCCAGAGGCUGUCCAAGCCAUCGUGGAUGCUCUACACAUCAGUCAUAUUGAGAUUCGCAGCGAAGCCGAUUCUGACCUGAAGAAGUAUCUCCACACGAAGCAUGAGCAAGAACACUUGAUUCCGAUCAAUGGAGAAAUUGCUGUCCUACGCGACGGGUUAGUCGCGGUGAUCAAUCCUAUCCUAAAGAAGGUGCAGGGUGCAGGAUUCCUGAGAAAUGGUAACACCGCGCCCACCAUGUUGCACCCUUUCCGCUGCCAAGCUGUCAUGGUCGAGAUGCGGACUGCCAAGGCUCCACAGUACGUGGUUGCAGCAGCAGCGCAGCUUGGAUGUCUCGCCCGAGCCAUGGGAUAUCUCUUGGAGAACAGCGUUCAGAUGGCCUAUGGCUACAUGAAAGACAUUAGGGACGACCCAGAUAAUAACACCAAGAAGGCGUUACGGAAGAUGAACGAAUUCAGCGACGUGAUGAAGAAGUUCGAUGAUCAUGCCCAACGUGGAUUGUCCAGCCACCCCAAGAUGGAUGUGCUCAAGACUGUCCUCAUCGAUCACUUUGCAAAGCAGCUUCCAGAUGAGUCAGACGGGGCUCGACCUGGCACUGGGCAUUCUCGAGCCAUGGUGUUUGUCUCAUUCCGGGAAUGCGUAGAGGAGAUCGUGGAGUUGUUAAACCAACAAUCUCCGAUCAUCCGGGCCAAAGCGUUCAUCGGACAAGGGACUGACAAGCAGGGAAGAAAGGGAUAUGCUCAGAAGGAGCAAUUGCAGGUUAUCGAGCAGUUCAAGCAGGGCGAGCACAACGUUCUUGUCUCGACCUCGAUCGGCGAAGAAGGUCUCGAUAUCGGCGAAGUUGACGUCAUCGUCUGCUAUGAUGCACAGAAGACACCCAUUCGUAUGCUCCAACGGAUAGGUCGCACGGGCCGUAAAGCAUCCGGCACAGUGCAUAUCCUCCUCGCUCUGGGCCGCGAAGAGCACAAUUGGCAGAAGGCCCAAUCAAACUAUGCCGAAGUACAGCAUUUCAUCGUACGCGCGUCCGACCUCGAAGUCUACGGCGACGUCGACCGUCUCCUCCCCGCCGAUAUUGAACCCGAGUGCGUCGAGAUGGUAAUGGAGAUCGAAGAGUAUGUCCGCGACGAACGCCCUGUUCGCGGCGCAGGCUCGCCGAAGCCCAAGAAGCGCAAGCGCGACGACCACCCGCUGCGAAAUGUGCCUGCCGCGGCCGCGAAGGGAUUCGUAAGCGUCCGUGACCUGCUCGUGAAGGGUGUGGCGAAGCGGAGGAAGAAGCUGAAGGAGGUCGACCUCGAGCACGCAGGCGAAUCGGACUCGGACGAUGCGGAAAUCGAGGCGGGGCUGUAUGGCCCACAGCGGACAAAAUCGGCCCCUACAGCAAGCGCGACUACGACGGCGAGCUCGAGCAAGUCCGGCAGCUCCGCGACGGGGAAGAAGGCAGGAAAGGUAAAGGCAAGGCCACCCGUCAACGUCGGCACGGAAGAUGAUUCGGACGACGAGGCCAUCGACCGCGGGUUGGACUUGCAGCUGGACAACCUCCAUUCCACAGCGCACACUGUGUCAGCACCAGGCUUCCGCUCCGCAAAGGAUCUCUUUGAACGCUCGAGUUCGCCCGAUAUCCCGCUCAACUCCAUAAUCGACUUGACGGAAGACUCGCUUUCCAUCGCACGGACUGAGUCCGCGUCGUCCAUCCCCGGGCCCGACGAGGAAGAGUCCCAGUCCGGACAUCCCCCUCCUCGAACGAGUAAUCCCGCGACCCCAGCUGGCUCCUGCAGCGCUUCUUCAGACGAGUCUGUAGCCGCAGCAGCCGACAACAGUAUGGCGUGGCUCAUCGCCGACGACGAUGACGACCCGUUCGUGCCCAUUACUCCGCCAGCCCCGAAAUCGCACCACUUGCCCAUUGGAACACGCCCGACUCCACCCCACUCGAGUCCUCUCUGCCUCCGCCGGGCCCUCGCACCCGCGGGUUCCAUGGGCCCGCCCGCGCUCCCUUCCCGGCUGGCGAUGCAACCCUCACCCGACGCCUCCUCUGACGACGCCCCCUUCUUCGUCUCGGGCCCGCCCCCCGCAACGUUCGCCGUGCGCGCACCCGGCGCGAAGCGCAAACGGCCCAUCGCCGAUACUUCCAUCAUCGACCUCUCCUCCUCUCCCACCACUCGAAAGAAGCGGCGAUUCCGGGACGCCGCGCACGCCGCACGGCACAACCCGUGGAUCAACGUCGAGGCCUCGCACUCGGGCGACGAGCUCUCCGCCGGCGCUUCAUCAGACCGCGACGACCGCCGGUUCACCGAGGCUCUGCCCGAGACGCAGGUCGCGCCGGAAUACGAUCAAGCCGCGGUGUACCGCCGGAGCCUGAUGACGCAGGCACCAGGCGCGCCAGCGUUUGCACGUGGACUCGUUCGGAGGGGCGGCGCCCAGUUCUUCGCGGAUGGGAGUGGCGGUGGAGGCGCGGGGACGGGUGCGAGGCGGAAACCGCGGUGGAGCUCACCGACGGAGGCGGGUGAGGACGAGGGGCCGGACGAGUACAUGCAUGGGAGCUUCGUGGUGGACGACGACGCGGAGAUCUCUUUCGAAGGCGUACCGUCGGACGAUGACUUAUAA